AUGCUGCUGCUACUGCUGCUGUUGGUGGUAGCACUGAUCAAGUACUACGCAAGGUACUUUGAUGUCUCCUCGGUGGAGUUUGCUCGGAGACUUGGUCUCGCCUUUCUGCCUAUUGCUCCUCAUCCACCGCUUGGCGAUCUCUAUGCUACGAUGUGGAUUCCGGCCACCCUCAUCUUUACCAUUGCCGUCACCUCCAACUUUGCUGCCUACGUGGCGGCGCAGAGCUCAGGUGCCAGUUGGUCGUACAACUUUCAUCACAUGCUGCUGGCCCUUUCGGUCAUCUCUGGCUAUGUUGGCCUGGCGCCUACCGUCCUCGCCGGGCUUGCCUACUGGUACGACGUGCCGCUCGCUCCGUCGUCGGCCUACUCGCUCUAUGGCUACGCCUCGGCUCCACUCGUUCCGGCCGCAAUGGCGUGCAUCAUCCCGCAUGAGAUCAUCCGCUGGUCUGCCGUCGGCCUCGCCUUCCUCGUCUCUGCUGGCUUCCUCGUCCGCAACCUCGUCCCACUCAUCUCGCGCGCCGUCGCGUCGCCAUGGUGGGUGGUCGGCCUCGUUGUUCUCGCCCACGCCGGCGUCAUGGUCGUCGUCAAAAUGCUUUUCUUCGAGUACGUCGCUGUAGACGUGUAG